AUGUAUAGUACAUUUUCUAAGGUAGAUGAACGUGCUGCAGGCGGAUCAUCCAUUUUUGUGAAGGACAACGUCAUUCAUAGCACAGUCCAACUCACAACGGAUCUGCAAGCAGUUGCAAUUCGUUUAUCAUUAGACAAAACAAUUACAUUAUGUUCGAUAUAUAUUCCACCUAAUUCAAUUAUCGAUAAAGCAAAACUCAAAAACCUCACUGAUCAAUUACCCUCACCAUUUAUACUUAUGGGCGACUUCAAUGCCCACAAUCCAUUAUGGGGUAGCAAGACUCAUAAUGCCAAAGGUAAGAUCAUUGAGGACUUUGUCUCUCAAGAAGGAUUAUGCAUUUUUAAUGAUGGAUCUAAUACAUAUCUUCAUCCUGGAAACGGGUCUUAUUCUUCUAUUGAUAUCACUAUAUGCGAUCCCUCUCUGCUUCUGGAUUAUGCAUGGCGUGUUCAUGAUGAUCUAUGUGGAAGUGAUCAUUUUCCAAUAGUACUUGAACAUCUUUUUAAUUCUGCCCAACAGAGAGUACCACGUUGGAAACUUGACAAGGCGGACUGGUCCUUGUUUGAGAAUCUCUGUCGAGCGGAACUUCAGUCAAAGAUGUUUGAGACUGUGCAAGAUCCAAUUUUAACUUUUAAUACAGUUCUAACGUCAAUUGCUGACAGAACUAUUCCUAAGACCUCGGCAAAUCCAAAACAUCCCAGUAAACCAUGGUUUGAUGACGCAUGUGAUCAAGCCAUAGGUGACCAACUUAAAACAUCUCUGUCAAAAGCCCAUGAUACAGCUUGUGGGCCUGAUAAUAUUCACUACCAACUCUUAAAACACUUGCCAGAUUCCUCGCUAGAAGCUCUCUUGCAGCUCAUGAAUAACAUCUGGGAAUCUGGUGAUUUACCAUCAAUCUGGAAGCUUGCAACCGUCGUGCCUAUUCCAAAACCAAGUAAAGAUCAUACGGAUCCUAUUAAUUAUCGACCAAUUGCUCUUACCAGUUGUAAAAACCUAUCUUCUAAUCUUAAAGAUGCAGAUCAGUUGGAUAUAGAUAACAAACGUCAAGAGAGCAAUAAUAUGGUUACUGGAUAUACAAAGGUUUGGAGAAAUACCAUGACCGGAAAGCCUCCCAGAGAGGAUUCUGUUGGUAAAGAAAUAUACAAAAGUUUAAUGGCGGAAACAAUCCAUCAGUUUCGACAAUAUGUCUAUCAAAUGGACUACAUGACAGAUUAUUAUCCAGGUCUUGAUGAUGGUUGUAAUUGCCCAGCAUGCUUUGAGAAGGACAGGCAGUGUUCAAUAAACUCUCAAAGUAGAUGA